AUGGCGUCUCCGGAGUUCCCAAACCGCGAACCUUUUGACUUUGUGCAAAUCUACGCGAUCAGCGGAGGGGCUGGCAGGUCAACCCACACACCGCAACGACUAAAUGAAAUUCGCCACCAGUACUCUUCAUCCCAAAACGGUUCAGCACAUCUGACUGACUUGUUUGGCACCAAGACCUCUUUGACAUUAGUCGCGCACGACGGCAGAGGGAUCCUUACCUUCGAGCAGAAUGGCACGACAGCAGAGCUCGAGCUCAGACCAGGAGACCUUCUACAGAUCGAUGCCCAUACCACCAUGGAUCUUGCCUGCCAAGAUCCUGUCGAGAUGCCAGAGGGACGUGCGGAUGUACCACAUUUCCGCCCACUGCAGCUCCAGGCGAUGAAUGAGAUGCAACGACACUGUCCAUUCUUUUUCAACAUCCACUGGAGUAGCGCGGUUCAAACCAUUGACCUCGACAACGCGCUGAAGUUCAUGCGCCCCCUCGUUGAUUCAUGGACUAACAGUUGGGUAGAGAGCGCCGUUCGCGUUGAUCUUGUACAGGUCCUACACCAGAAUGCGCACAACAUCAAGCCAGUUACCGACGUCUUUUGCUUCGAUCUGGGUCCUCUCUUUCCUGGACCAGGGUAUGAGUCAGGGUUUGUCCAGCAUCUCGCAGCCAUGAAUAUUGCCCGAACGCUAGGUCAGAUUCAGGGAAAUGUCGUCCACCUCUUCAUUCAAGAUGUACGGUACACAGAGGCUUGCAAGAUCCUUCUCAAAGAGAUUGAGCCUCUCAUCAACUUCGCCAACCCCCUCGUUGCGCAGGGCUUCAACCUUGUCAACGACCACUCAUUCAUCGUCUGUCUCGACUCGAAGUCUGUUAUCCUUGAGCCGGCUAUACAGAUUACUGCACCGAACGGACCUGCAGGAAUGCUGGUUCUUCCUGGCUUUGAGAACGUUGAAGAGAAAUGGAAUGGAAAUGCGAAUUCUCAUCGUGCCCUUGCUUCUCGCCUCUGUUUACCUGAUACAUGUAUAUACUAUGACAACAUCGAGCUAUCUUUCCUCAACGGUCUCACACCAAUCCUCUCCUCGCUGGCACCUGGUACGCUCGCGGCGUAUAGCGACAUGCUUAUGGACGCUGAUAUGGCCCUCCUCAAAGAGCCCACGUCUGCCAAGCCAUAUAAUAUCAAACUCGCCAACGGUCUUCGCAGCGACACACUCGUCGAAUUUUACGACAAUCUCGUGGAGGCCAACACCUUGGUAUCCCACCUCAAGCACGACGAAGCCCUUCAGCAUACGCUCAUUGAAGUCUACCAAGUCAUGGGCACAGCGCUGUUCUGGAAUGACUUCAUACCGCUUGAGACCCCGGAUCUCGCCAAACUGACGAAGCAAGUCGAAGAUGAUGUUUUUGGCCGCCUGCUAAUGAAUGUACAGGGUGGGAAGCUCGAGGUUCUUCGCGAAAACAGAUACAAUCAACCAACGGCGAGGUACCGUCUGGGAACUGAUGCCAUGGGCCUUAGGAAUUUUGCAGCUAUGGCUGCAAAGUUUCUCGACCGAAUGGAGACAUAGGGUGCAGAGUCUCUUCUUCGGAUGCGCGGCACGCUACAGAGAUAGCGCCAGCGCCGCAAACUCUAAGAAAGACCUGCUACCCAGGCGGGAGGGUAAGAAGGCGCGAGAAUGAGAAGAAUGGAUCGGUUUGUACGCCGCUAGUUGUAUCGAGAUGGAAACCAUAGAGUAAGCGAAGGGCGCAGCUCUCGGGUUCGAUGCAAGAGUGGAUUUCGGCAAAAUUCGACGCGCGACGAGGUUGGCGAGAUUGAGGAUGUGUGUUAUUGAAAUAGCGGGAACUCUAGCGCUUGGUCCGCAGAAGUACUAAAAGAGAUUUCCAAAAAUACCUCUCUAGAUGGUCGACGGGGCUACGCAUAAUAAAUGUAGUAGAGAAGCUGUGUGACAGUCUGCUAAGCGCAUGCGCUCGCGCAUAUCGCUAUAGAGAAACAUGACUUGUAGAAUUGCGAUAAGAGUAAGCACAUGUCAGUCCUAUGAACAUGCGUUCCAAU